UAAUAUUCUCUUUGAUAAUAUGACGAAACAAAUACUUGUCAUUUUAAUUAUAAUAUUUCCUGUUUUAUAAAUCCACACGAAUAAGAAAUCCAAAUUUAAAUAUUUACGAAAAUAAAAACCUUAUAAUAGCUAUGACGGCCACUACCGUCGUGGUCAAAGGAUUUCCUGAAUAUGUAACCUAUUCGGAUGUUGCUUUGAAUUUGGAAAAAAUAUUUGGCGCGAGAGUGGGACCAUUCCAAAUUCGUGAUUUGCGAGAUAACAUGCAUAUUUCAAACUGGCAAUUCGCGUUAGAUUUUAAUUCUUUAUAUGAGGCGUCAUUAGCUCAGCAACUACUGUUCUCUUAUAAUUUUGUUUUGAGUAAUGGUGAAGCGCAUGUGUUAUUUGCUAAAGUAGCUGCAAAUCCAAAGCUUAUAAAGCCAUUAAUGGACGCCGUACCAACUGCGAGAUCACGAAGUAGUAGUUACGAUGAAGAUUGCGCUAUUCUUGGUCUGGUGCCGAAGGUUUCUGAUAAAGAAUUACAUAGAAGAUGUUCAGACGUGGAUGUGCAGAUAGAAUAUAUCAAUAAACAGAGAAUGCUCCUACGAGCACAGAUAGACUUUCUCAGAGAAAAACGUGAGCUCUGGAGAGAAUAUAAAAGGAUGAAUGAUGUGGACGAUUCUCGUCGCUCUAGAAGUCCAAGAAGGAACUACCGAUCCAGGUCUAAACAUCGAAGUAGAUCUAGGUCAAGGCGUUCAAAUAGAUCUAUUAGAAGCAAGUCGAGAAACCGGGGUAUUACGAACAAUAACCGCACGCCAUUUACCUCGAUAAACAAGUCUAGUAGAUCUAGUUUUGGCGCGAGCAAUCAUUUGACUUUCGAUAUGAUUCUGCAGCAGUCACAACAUAGUAGCACAAGCGAAAAUUCUUUUGAUAAAACCACGAGUAAAUAUCAAAUUGGCAUAAAUAUAAAUAGUGAAAUAAAUAACAAAAUAAACACUAAAAAGCUUAGACCUAAGGUACUUAAUAUGAGCAUAGAGAAAAGCGAAGCUAUAAAACAUAUUAUGAAGGAAAUGGAUUCAAUCUUAGAUAAAAUUUGUUAUGAAAAGAACAUAAAUAUACUCGAGAAGGGUGUUAAUUUGAAUAUUAUUAGAAAGUUAAAAGAAGCAGUCAAAAAACGAUUGGAUAAUUUAAAAAUAACGAAUGACAUGGAAAGUGGCGCCAUUGUUUCUUCUUAUAGACGUACCUUCAACAAAACCGAUGAUAAAAAAUUUAUUGAAUCUUUUUUAAAUGAAUACGUUGUUGCAAAUGCACGAAAUGAAAAUAAAUGUGUUAGUAAACAUAUUAAUUCAUCAGAAUCUUCAUUUGAUAUUUGUGAUGCCGAAGAUAGUAACAUGUGGCGUGCGGUAGAUGAGAUAUUACAAGAUGUAAAAAUUGAACUACUAUCGUCGGAAGAUGGCGAUGAAAGGAAUAUUACAAGCAUGGAAAACAAACCUACAAAGAUAGUUAAAUUAGAUGAGCCUCGAGUAACGGAAGUGAUUGAUUUGACGCAUGAGCCUAUACUAGUAUCAGACCAUAAUACACAAGUCGAAAUGAUCGUAGUUGUUAAAAACAACAGUAAGAUUUUAAAUGUUGAUGAAAACAAACAAAUGAUACACCAAAAAGAAAUCCCAAUUGACGUCCCUCAAAAUAGCGCUGUUAGUGAUAUCAAAUUGAUAAAUAGGAAACCUUCGUUUUUUAUAGCAACCAAAUCAUUAAUGCGAAAAAUGAAAUCUCAAAUAACAGAGAUUGCACCUACAGAUAUUAAAAGUUUUACAGAUGUCAUUGAAAAAGAUAUUAAAAAUAAAAUUACGACGCUAUUGAAAGGAAAAGAAUAUAUGAAAACUGCAAAUAUAGUUAAGUUAUUUAAGGAGCAUUACCCUAAAGAAAAUUAUAAACAAUUCCUUAACUGUGUUGCAGAAGAACUAAAACUUGGUAAAGAUUGAAAUAAGUCUUAAAUCCCUCGACAACAACAAUAGCGAGCACUGACAGAAUUGUAAUAAAAAUAAAAAAAUGUGUAUGGGAGUUGGGACCCUAUUUUUAUUUUUUUUUACCAGCAAAGUGCCUACAAAUUAUCUUGCUCAGUUCACCCGUUGCCUAGUGGUGGUCAUUCAGUAAAUAAUGCAAUCCUGUUGAGUGCAAUGUCUAUCUUUAAGAGGAUAGUAACGUAGGGUAACCCAGUAAUUUUAAUCUUUGACGAUUGAUGAGUUAUUUGUGCUUUUUUAUAGCACUAAGUGAAAGAAAAAGCAAGAGGCUAACGAGAAAAACAGCUUUAUUCUGAUAUAGAAUAAUAUAAGGAAAUUGAUCCAAUUUUAAUAUUGUUGUUAAUUAGUAACGUACUGUUCAUGUGCUACAAUACAUAAGUUAUCUACACUAAGAACUUAAUUUUGAAAUAAACAUUCUAGCUUUU